AGAAACACGCAGACCGGCGGUCCGUCAGGGGUCGAGCGAACCAGGUCUGGUAAAGGCUGGCAGUCAAAUCGAGUGGACACAGAGCGACUGGGAAUACCUCAGGAGAGGAGCUGGAGACCGCGAGCCGGGUUGAGGAAAGGUGUUCCCCACGCGAGGGGGGGCGCGAGGGGUGGUACAGCCGCAGAGUGAAUUCAGGAAGCGAGCACCGGUCAGGUGGGACGCGGAGAAACAACUCAGGUGACAUAGACUCAGCAACCCUUUAAAAAACAUCCUGAGAGAGAGAAAGAGCAGCCAGAGAGAAGAGAGGAGACGAGAACAGCGCGUGCAGCUGAGAGUUUAUGGGCUUUAGGUGGCAAUGUCUCCAGGAGAGGACGGUCUAAUUGGUAUCCCCUUCCCGGAGCACAGCAGUGAGCUCCUGUCUCGUCUCAAUGCCCAGCGUCGCUCGGGCCUUCUAUGUGACCUCACGCUUACCUCCCGGGGAGCCCGUUACCCCACCCAUCGCUCCGUCAUGGCAGCCGUUAGCCUGUACUUCCGGCGGCUUUUUGGGGCAGAGGAAGGCGUGGAGGGUGGAGAGGGCGGAGAGGGUGUGGGUGGGAGCUGCAGCGUGUGCCAGCUGGACUGUGUGUCCCCAGACGCACUAGACGCUCUGCUGGAGUUCGCCUACACGGCCACACUGACCAUCCGCAGCUCUGGCAUGCGGGAGGUGCUGGAGGGCGCCCAGCUGCUUGGCAUCCAGUGUGUAGCUGAUGCCUGCCGCCACAUUCUGGGCGAGGCAGCUGAGGAAACGCCAAGCCCGGCUGAGGAUGCCCGGCGGGCCACGUCACGCAGGAAACAGGACCGUCGCAAUGUAGCAAAGACAGCCUCGCCCAUGCGGCCGGCCUGGGGGGACACGCGGUCUGACAUCAAACAGCACACACCUGAGUACGACCUGCCACCUACACCUGACCCUAACCCUACACCUGAGCGUGAGGAACAGCCCCUACCAGCUGCAGGGCAGAAUGGAGCUGUGAGAAGCAGCCACCAGGGGGCAGUGCUGAACGGCAGUGCACACUGGCCUCUGGUGAUGAGAACACCAGUACCACAACCACCUGAAGACCUUCCUUCAGAGGAUGAGGAGUCCAGAGGGCAGGGGCCAGUUGCAUCUCACCACACCCCUCCACAGGCUGAAAUGGCAGUAGGUAGAGCUGUAGAGGGUGGUGUUAGAAAGAGGAAGUCUCAGACACCUCAGCAGUGUCCUGUCUGUCAGAAAAUUAUCCAUGGUGCAGGAAAGCUUCCCCGCCACAUGAGGACACAUACAGGAGAGAAGCCCUUCCAGUGCACUGCGUGCGGUGUGCGCUUCACACGGAAUGACAAAUUAAAGAUCCACAUGCGUAAACACACGGGCGAGCGCCCAUACCCCUGCACCAGCUGCCCCGCCCGCUUCCUGCAUUCCUACGACUUGAAGAACCACCUGUCCCUGCACAGUGGCGACCGUCCCUAUGAGUGUCCCCUCUGCCACAAGGCCUUCGCACGUGAGGAUCACCUGCAGCGCCACCGUAAGGGCCACAGCUGCCUGGAGCCACGCAGACCACGGCGGGGGCCUGAGGCACAUGUCUCCCCUCCGGCUGAUCCUCCGCUCUGCCUGCACCAGCCUUCAGCACCUUCAUCAUCCUCAGCUUCCCAGUUCCCGUUUCAGCAGGGCCCAGUGGGCUCUGGAGGGGCCACACACGGAGCCUCCCUGCUGGGCCCAGGGGGCAUGAACUACCCCAGCCUCCUUUGGAGAGCUGCACAGAGCCGCAGGGGUGCUGGCCACACUCUGUUCACACAGCCACAGUGGGAAGAGGAAGAGGAAGAUGAGGAAAACGGAGAAGAGGAGGAAUCAUAGUUCUUGUUGGUGGGUAUAUGCGCGUGCAUGUGUGCCCACGCAGUGUGUGUGUGUGUGUGUGUGUGUGUGUGUGUGUGUGUGUGCAGAUCAAACACAAAGGCAUCGUGGAGGUUGUAUCUGGGAAUGUAGCACCUUUUGUGCUUUCCCUAAUUUUCAUCAUGACCACUGUCUUCCUCAUGGCACAGAGGAGACUAGGAGCGCUUACAGCACAGACUGAAGAGAAACUUAACAAAAAAAAGGAAAAACGGGUUUCCUGACUGUCCUCCUUUCUAAUGUCAUUAGAAUUUUUUCUGUCAUGUUCUUUUAUGUUUUGAUUUUAUUAUAUUUUAAGUUGCCAGUUUGUGUUAAAACGUAAUCUUAUUGCUUAAUGGGAAAAAAUAUAUGUAAAAUAGAUUUAUUUUGGUAAUAUAUUCUGCAAAGCAGGGGUGAAGGUUGUUGCUGAUGCUAUGCAAAAUUAAAAUGUGAGAUGAGGUAGAGUAUGAAAGCAUGGAGAUGAGAUGGAGACUUUAUGGUAGAAUGCUGUCAUCUAGUGGUGGAAAAAAAAAUCAACUUUUUCUCAGCAUGAUAUCUUCAGUUCUAAACUUUUCCAAGAACAUAUAUUUGUACUCAGUGCUCUGAAAGAAAUCUGUCUUUUUGAAGCUGCUUAUUAUUUAAGUCAAAACAAACUUAAAAGCAUAAAAUAGCAAGUACUUAAAUAUAUAAAUUUGUAUACCAAAGAUUUAUUGUGCAGAUGAGACAGAUAAGUCUUUUAAAGGGAGUUUUUUCCACUGUGUUCUCCAAAUGAAUAAAUCAUCAAACCAAAUCAUUCAUCACAUCUUUCACAGAAGGACCUGCCCUUCAAAAUAAAUACUGCAAGCCCUAAUUGCUUACUUGAAAACAUUUUACAGAAAACUAAUGCAAGACAGGAAAAGGGGGUUUGGUUUUUGUUGCUUUUGUUUACUUCUUACAUUUUUGUGUGGGAGUUGUGGUUUAUGUCUAAGUACUUCUAAUGCUUGUGGUCUUCUACUGUGCUCCAGAGUCGGAGCUGAUAUCAGGAGAAUAAGGGGAAGAUGGAACAGGAUGGGACGAAGCACUCUGUGUAUUUAUUUAUUUAUUUGAUUAAUAUUUAUUGGGACUUUCCCAGUGAAACUGUUGGGUUAUUUCCCCCCUUCACCCAUAGUCAUCCUCUAGCCUGGAGCCUGUUAUUCAAUGUGGUGACCAGCUGCAGCUGUUUUGAUUUAGGUACGAGCAGCCCAGGACGAACCCUCACAACCCCCUCCUCUUCUAGGCACUGGCCUCAGGUAGCGUGUCUAGGGGAGAAAGCAGCCUCUCUUCACAGCUUUGUCGCUGUAUGCUGAAUGCAUACACUCCAGUUUGCCUUCUUUUUUGGUACAUUCACAAUGCACAAUAUACUUGGACCUUUUCUUUGGCAGGAUGCUUUUGUACUCUAGACUUCAUAUUCUAUAUUCAAGAGGCUUUGAUAUUAUAGACAUUGUACUCUAGAUUUUAGAGAUUUUGUUAUAGAUUCUAGAAGCAUUGGUACUUUAGACGUCAUAAUGUAGGGUUAGGGUUACUCUACACUCUGAGGCUUUGGUGCUCUAGACAUUGCACUCUAGAUUUUAGAGGCUUUGGUGCUCUAGAUAUCACAUGACGUCUGAAAAAAAAGACCAGUAAAGGUUUAGCAUGAGAUACUUAGAUGGUGAAUGAAUUAUCAUAUGCUAUUUGGUUUAUUCUGACUACACUUCCUCUAUAUGCUGUGUUGUGCUCCCUUAAAUACUCAAUUGGACAGCACCUCCUAGUUGCAGUACAGAAGAAAUGAGGAAUAGUGGAGAUGUGAGGAAUAGUGGAGAUGUGAGGAAUGGUGGAGAUGUGAGGAAUAGUGGAGAAAUGUUUCUCCCUUGCUUGUGCUCUUCCUCACAUUCUCAGGGAUGAGGGACUAAGGUCUUGUCUUUCAUGGAGGAAAUUGUUAUAUAAAAACUAUGGUGCAGUAUCCAUGACAAUAAGUUAGUUUCUUAUUCUGGCAGUAAUGUAGUUUACGCUGUUUCAGAUUCAGAUAUUUUAGAAGUUUAGGUUUGUCAUUUAGUUGCUUUAGUCACACCUAAAUUAAAAAAAUCACUUUUUUUUUCUAAACAAAACCUAGAAAGUUUGUUUUACUAGUUCAAAUCUAUUAAAUAAAACUAAAACCUGCUUUGACUUAGAAAUACAAUUAAAGUGAAUUCAAACAAGCCAACCCACAGUGCUGCAGAGUCAGAGUUAGGGUUAGACCACAGUAGACCAUUGCAGAUCAGGUUUAUUUGUUCAAAAGUUAGAACUUACUAAUGAAUAUUUUUCUUUCAUUACACAUUCCAUUAUUUAUUAAUGUCUAGUCAACUCUUCUCAUUUAAUUGUGAAUUCCCCUGAAAACAAAGGGUUUAAUCUAUACGGCACAGACGGCACACAUGCAUCAUAGAUGUACAGUUCAGGUUUUUAACCAGAUUUAAAUCAGUUAAAUCAUUGCUUAAUAAAAAAGGGUCAAGCUGCCUUGUUUUGUUUUUGUUGUUGUUGUUGUUGUUGUUGUUAUACAACUCUUCUCAGGAAAUAAUGAGCAAUGCACUAAAAAUGAUUAUGCAAUUGAUUAUGUAAAUAUAUUGUGAGAUCAUUAUGUAUCUGUGUCCAAAAUAUUAACACCCCUUACAAAUGUACCUCUUAUAUUCUCUGAGUUCACUUUUCUUUUUUUGAUGAAUAUUACUUUACAAAUAUGCUUUGGUACGCUUUUGGUUUGAGUGAAGGUGAAAUUGAUCUAAUAUUUAAAGUACAAAUUAAACAACAGGUUUAUAAUGAAGCAGUGAACAUUAAAGAUUAUGGUUUGUGCAUUUUAUCCACGAGAUGGGGAAAGGGGUGUUAAUAUUAUAUACACGUGUGUGUGUGCCUGUGUGUAUGUGUGUGCAAGACUGCCAGCAAUGAAAGGAACAGCGUAAGUGUUUGCUUUGGCUGGGGUGAAGGGGAAAGCAUGUAAGAGCCCAAAUCAGGGAUGUUUCCUGUGUUAACAGGAAUCUUUUUCACUCAUUAGUAAAUGAUCAUUUUUGCCUGGUGUUCAUUUCUUCUGUUGUAAAGAUAA